AUGUCGCCAGUCGGCGAGCCUCCGUCGCCUCGAGCAGCUCACGCGGCGACGGCAGUGGGGACCAUGAUCGUCAUUCAGGGUGGCAUUGGGCCCGCGGGCCUGGCAACGGACGACCUGCACGUCCUCGACCUCACACAAGCGCGCCCCAAAUGGCACAGAGUGGUGGUGCAGGGCGCGGGACCAGGGCCGCGCUACGGCCACGUGAUGGCGCUGGUGGGGCAGCGCUUCCUGCUCUCCAUCAGCGGCAACGACGGCAAGCGGCCGUUGGCGGACGUGUGGACGCUGGACACGGCGGCGAAGCCGUACGAGUGGAAGAAGCUGGAGCCCGAUGGCGAGGGGCCGCCGCCCUGCAUGUACGCCACCGCCAGCUCGCGCCAUGACGGGCUGCUGCUGCUCUGUGGCGGGCGCGACGGGAGCAGCGUGGUGCUUGUUUUGAUUCUUCCACCCCUGCCAGGCGCGUAUGGUUUGGCGCGGCACCGAGACGGGCGGUGGGAGUGGGCCAUCGCGCCUGGCGUGUCCCCCUCGGCGCGCUACCAGCACGCUGCUGUGUUUGUGAACCUGCGCCUGCAUGUGUCAGGUGGAGCCCUGGGGGGCGGCCGCAUGGUGGAGGAUGCGUCCAGUGUGGCGGUGUUGGACACGGCAGCGGGGGUGUGGUGUGACCGCAAGGGCACGGUGGCGGUGGCAAGGACGGGGCGAUUCAGUGCGGACGCGCCUGGGGGCGACGCCAGCACCGAGCUCACCCGCCGCUGCCGCCACGCCGCUGCUGCCGUUGCCAACUCAAUCUUUAUCUAUGGGGGUCUCCGAGGGGGCAUUCUUCUGGACGAUCUGCUGAUUGCCGAUGACUCACCACCGGAGCCGCCUCCUCUGCCUGCCCCGUCCGCCAAGGCGGAGGGCGUGGGCAACCGCAGGCCGCCCGUGGCCCCCCGCAAGGGGGCGCGCGGGGACGCUGCCGCUGCCUCCGCCGCUGGCAGGGAGGCUGACGGCGGGGCGCAUGCUCGCGACCACCUGACCAGGUGCGUGGCGGGGCUGGCUGGGACCAGAGUGCCGAGGAGGGCGCGGAUGGCCUGUCCUUCAACGGCAGGGGGGCCGUGCCAGGGAGGGGCGCUUAUUGAGUCAACUCAAAUGUCUUCCCCAUGUUCUACCCCGCAUUUUCCCGCCAACCCUCCCCUCCCCCGCCUCUUCUUUUUUCUCCCGACCCCCCACCCCCUCCUCUUUUCGUCCGAUCCACCCAGUGGUGAGGAGGGCGCGGAUGGGGUGUCCUUCAACGGCAGGGGGGGCGUGCCAGGAAGGGGCGGGGCGGGGGGUAGCAACGAGGAGGAGGAGGAGGAAGACGAGGAGGGGGAUGCGGACGACAGCAGCAGCGACGGGCUGCACCCCAGCACGUCCAGCCUCACCAGCCACAGCGACGACGGCAGGAGUGACACUCCCGACUUCAAGGGCGGCGUGCGCCUGCAUCACCGCGCUGUGGUGGUAUCAGCAGACCCAGGCGGCAACAACCUGGGGGGCUUGGUGCGCCAGCUGUCCAUAGAGCACUUUGAGAAUGAGGGCCGCCGCAUCAGCUACAGCCCCGAUGGCGUGCAGGCGCACCGACGCCUGCUGGACCGGCAGAUGUCCAUCCAGGGCGUGCAUAAGAAGGUAUUGCAAACGCUGUUGAAGCCGAGGGGGUGGAAGCCUCCGGUGAGUCGGCAGUUCUUUCUGGACGUGCAUGGCGUCGUGGAGCUCUGUGACCUCGCUGAGACACACUUCAAGAAUGAACCCUCCGUGCUGCAGGUGCGGGCGCCAGUGAAGAUCUUUGGCGACCUGCACGGGCAGUUUGGCGACCUCAUGCGCCUCUUUGACGAGUACGGCUCGCCCUCCACUGCCGGCGACAUCGCGUACAUAGACUACCUUUUCCUGGGCGACUGCAUGGGCAGGGACCAGCACAGCACCAUUGAGUUCCCGCGCAACGUGCAUCUGAUUCGAGGCAAUCACGAGGCGGCAGACAUCAAUGCUCUCUUUGGCUUCCGAAUGGAGUGCAUCGAACGCAUGGGCGAGGAGGGGGGCAUAUGGGCGUGGCAUCGCAUCAACCAGCUGUUCAACUGGCUGCCCCUAGCAGCACUCAUAGAGCACAAGAUCCUGUGCAUGCACGGGGGUAUAGGGCGCUCCAUUCAGCACGUGUCGCAGAUCGAGGAGCUCAAACGCCCCAUCACCAUGGAGGCUGGGUCGAUGUGUGUCAUAGAGCUCAAACGCCCCAUCACCAUGGAGGCCGGAUCCAUGGUGCUCAUGGACCUGCUGUGGUGUGUUGGGGGACCAUGUGCUGUGUGGGGCUCUGUGGGGUUCUGUGGGGGACCAUGUGCUGUGUGGGGCUCUGUGGGGGACCUUGUGUGGCGAGUCAAUGUGUCAGCUCUUACACUUGGGUCCAUCCAGCACGUGUCGCAGAUCGAGGAGCUCAAGCGCCCCAUCACCAUGGAAGCAGGCUCAAUGGUCGGAUCCCACGGAGAACGACAGCAUAGAGGGCCUGCAACCCAACGCCAGAGGACCAGGCCUCGUCACCUUUGGGGUGAGCCUCUCGGCCUUGCCCCUGCUCUCCCCCCGUCUCAUCACUCCUUCCAUUCUCUCCUCAUGUCCCCUCUCCUCUUCUCCUCUCCUCUCAUCCUCUUUGCCCCUCCUCCGCUCGUCUUGUCCUCUUCUCCUUGCUUGCUCGUUUUCUCUUUUUCCUACUCUCCUCCUCUACUCCUCCCCUCCGCUCCUCUAGUCCAACGCUCUCCUCUCCUUGCACUCCUCGUGCUCAGAUUUCCUGUCCCAUGCCGCCUAUGCUUGGUCCUCCUUCCUCCCAACACCUGGUCCUCUUCUCGCCUCCACUCCCCACUCCCCUCCCGUCCGCUCUCCCCGCCCUUCCCUGGAACCUUCACCUCUUCCGUCCCUCCUCCACCCCGGGCUUAUCGAGUGAUGGAGUUCUGUCACACCAACGACCUGGAGCUCAUCAUUCCACAUGCAACAAGGUUUUCAAAUCUCACCAAUCCAACACCUCCCUCCUCUCCCCUCCUCCCACUCCCCUCCCCUCUCCCCUCUCCCCUCUCCCCUCUCCCCUCUCCCCUCUCCCCUCUCCCCUCUCCCCUCUCCCCUCUCCCCUCUCCCCUCUCCCCUCUCCCCUCUCCCCUCUCCCCUCUCCCCUCUCCCCUCCCCCCUCUCCCCUCCCCUCCCCUCCAGCCUGACCGAGUGAUGGAGUUCUGUCACACCAACGACCUGCAGCUCAUCAUUCGCGCACACGAGUGUGUCAUGGACGGCUUUGAGCGCUUUGCAGGGGGGCACCUCAUCACGCUCUUCUCCGCCACCAACUACUGCGGCACGGCCAACAACGCUGGCGCCAUCCUGGUGCUGGGGAGGGACCUCGUCGUCUUCCCCAAGAUGAUCCACCCGCUACCGCCCACCGGCAACCCCGCCAACUCGUCUGAUGACCAGGAUGACACGUGGAUGCAGGUGAGUGGCUUGUGCUUCUAA